CUAAACUCAGGAAACACGCUCUACUUUGUUUAGGUAGAGAUUGUUAUUUUAUACACAGAGAUCAUAGAAAACAACAUUAGUACCAACAGAAAUGGCUUCCUGCAGCAGUCUCCUGUCUGAAGAUCAGUUCCUAUGUUCUAUCUGUCUGGAUGUGUUCACUGAUCCUGUCACUAUUCCAUGUGGACACAACUUCUGCAAGGCCUGUAUCAGCAAGUACUGGGACAACAGUGACCUGUGUCAAUGUCCCAUGUGCAAAGAGAACUUUGAUAAGAGACCAGAUCUUCGUGUCAACACUUUCAUCUCUGAGAUGGCUGCUCAGUUCAGGAAGUCAGAGCCACUGAAAGCUACCAUCAGUUUAGACCUGCGUCCUACUAAACCUGAAGUGUCAUGUGACAUCUGUACAGGUACCAAGCUCAAGGCUCUGAAGUCCUGUCUGGUGUGUCUGGCCUCUUACUGUGAGACUCACCUGGAGCCUCAUCAGAGAGUUGCAGCCUGGAAGAAACACAAGCUGAUCGACCCUGUGGAGAACCUGGAGGACAGGAUGUGUCAGAAGCAUGAGAGACCCCUGGAGCUGUUCUGUAGGACUGACCUGAUGUGUGUUUGUCGGUUCUGCACUGAGAAAGACCACGAGACCCAUGACACUGUUCCUCUAGAGGAAGAGUUUGAAGAGAGGAAGACUCAGAUGAAGAAGACAGAGGGAGACAUGCAGCAGAUGAUCCAGGAGAGACUGGAGAAGGUUCAGGAGAUCAAACUCUCAGUAGAGACCAGCAAGAGAGAUGCAGAAAGAGAGAUAUCAGACAGUGUUCAUGUCUUCAAAUCUCUGGUGCGCUCCAUUGAGAGAAGCCAAGCUGAGCUCAUUGAGGUGAUUGAGGAGAAGCAGAAAGCAGCAGAGAAACAGGCUGAAGGGUUGAUUGAAGAUCUGGAGCAGGAGAUCACUGAGCUGAAGAGGAGAAGCACUGAGCUGGAGCAGCUCUCACACACUGAGGACCACCUCCACCUGCUCCAGAGCUUCCCAUACCUGAGCACCCCUCCACACACCAAGGACUGGUCUGAGAUCAGUGUCCACAGUGGUCUGAGUGUGGGGGCAGUGAGGAGAGCUGUGUCUCAGCUGGAGGAGACACUCAAUAAAGAGAUGUAGAAGCUGCCUGGAGUCAAGCUGAAGAGGAUUCAGCAGUAUGCAGUGGAUGUGACUCUGGACCCUGAUACAGCACAUCCUCAUCUCUUCCUGUCUGAGGAUGGGAAACAAGUGAGACAUGGAGACAUGAAGCAGGAUCUCCCUGACAACCCAGAGAGGUUGAGAUAUAUCGCUGUGAUAUAUUGUUUUUGUUAUUGUUGCUUGUUUUUUUUUUUGUUUUUUUUUCACAGGUACACUUGCACUUAUAGCAGUUCAUGUUGUAUAAUUGUAACUGGUUUAACUACAUGCUCUUAUGGUUCUUCCCUUUGGCACUUAUUUUGGUUGUUCACAAUGUGUGCUUCAUGUUUUGGCUACUCGCAAUGUUUUGUGGCUAUCUUGUUGUUAUGAUCAGUGACUUAUGCACUUUGUCAAGCUCUCUCUUGGAAGUCGCUUUGGAUAAAAGCGUCUGCUAAAUGAAUAAAUGUAAAAUGUAAAUAUUGCAUUGUGUUGUACACCAGCAAACUUGGGAGAAAAUAAAGUGAUGAUUAAUGAGGGGCUUGUACCUCAGUACAGCUUCAUGUCUAGCAAAAUUGCAUGAAUAUGUUCCAUAAAUAGUGAAGAGGUUGUCACUAAUCACUGAUCAGUUAACAAUAAUUAAAGAUAAUGAUUACUUUAUGACUUUUAUACUGUUUGUAAUGCUCUCAAUAUAAUAAUGUUUGAUCUAUACCCUGCUAUAUUAAGCUCAUAAGAACAUAACCCUUGGUAAUGUCCUGGAGAGAAAUAUGCCUGUCUAUGAAUUAUGUUGCUUGUAUCAUUGAUAAACUGAUUAUGCUGUUUGCUUAUGCCUGCAUAGCCAUAAGUUAGUUAUUUUUGAGGUGGGAGGAAAUGCCUGUGACACUAGUGUAGGUCAGAGGUCACAAUAUUACCAAAGAGUAUAAUGCCAUGCAACUUUGAACUAGGAAAAUAGGAGGAGCGUCAAGGCCAUUUCUAGGAGCCCUAUCUAAAGACCUAAACAAAAGCUAUCUAGCAUGCUGUGUUCUUUUGCUGUACUUGUGAAGGCUAUGAUAAUCGUCAUGUAUACUCCCAUAUUGUCAUACUUUUUAACUCCCUUGAUUUCCUGUAUUCUUGGUCCAGUGUUCUGAGAUGCUCAACUUGAGUGUAUCAGACACCUGCACCUUAUACAUUCAUAAUAAAUAUGUUGAACUUGU